AUGGCAGGAAUCGCACUUAUUGGAGCAGGUAUUUUUGCUCGGCAGCAGCACCUGCCUGCUAUCGAGUCCUGUGCCGGUCUUGCCCUCAAGGCUGUCUAUUCCCGGUCGCAGCGCUCCGCUGAGGCUCUCGCUGCUGCAUCCAAGGACGCUAGCUCCGUUGCCAUCUACUUCGAUGUUCCCGCGGUCAAAGGAAAGUCUCUUGACGAUCUGCUACAGCGGGAAGACAUCGUUGCUGUUGACAUUGUCUUGCCGAUUCCUCACCAACCGAGUGUGAUCAGAAAGGCGCUCGCGACAGGAAAGCAUGUCCUCUCCGAAAAGCCGAUCGCCGGAAACGUUGUUGAUGGUCAGGAGCUGUUCGAAUGGUACUUGGGAUUGGGUGAAAGGAAGCCGGUUUGGGGUGUAGCAGAGAACUUCCGCUUCCUGGAAUCGCUAGCGUAUGCGGCUCAAAAGGUCAAGGAAAUUGGUGGGUUGUUGAGGACCUUCCGCCUGGAAAAGUACGGCUUUGUCGGGGAGGAUAAUAAGUACUUCAAUACCGAGUGGCGCAGAGUUCCACAAUAUCAAGGCGGCUUUUUGCUCGACGGCGGAGUGCACUUCGUCGCCGCACUUCGCUUCUUGUUGGGAGCCGCCGGGCAUGAACUUGACAAAGUCGCUGCCUUCACUUCCCUCCUGGAACCGAGACUGCUUCCCGCAGACACCGUCCACGCUGUCGCAUUCACGAAGGGAGGAAAGAGCGGUACGAUUAAUAUUACAUUCGGUACUGAGUUCAAGGACGUGCUGGAAGUAGAAGUUGUCACAACCAACGGUGCCGUGACUUGGACUCCAAACGCUGUGACGACCGUGAACAGGAAAGGAGACUGUUUGGCAGAUAAGGCUGUGAAGACAAAGGAGUUCCCCUAUUGCUCGGGUGUCCUAGCCGAAGUGGCAUCGUUUGCUCAGGCUCUCGAGUCCGGCAGGCUGGAUCUUCGGCAGAUGCCUGCCGAAGGGCUAAAAGACCUUGAGGUGGUACAGCGGAUGUUGGAAUCGGGGGAAGAUCAUGGGGUUUUGAAGACAGUUGCUCAUCCAGCGGGCACAAACUACGCACGACCUUUUCCCAGGGAAGAAAAGGGCUCCCUGUGUGGGACCCUCGCCAACAAGGCCGAAGAGGCUGGAUACACAAUCGAACCCGAGACGGUUACCUAUGCGCACUUGGUUGAGAACGUUCCCGGAUACAUCCUGGCCUACGACGGUAACCGCCAUCCAACCGACCCCGCUAUGGACAACGAGGUCAUCUCUGUCACCAAACGGAAAGGAGCUAGGCUGGAAGCUGAGGACACGGUUAUCCCGGACGCACCACCGGUACAUCCCACGACCCCCGAGGCUUCGGCUCACCCCCCGGAGGACACCGCGCUACCUGUCACAUGGACACGGCAGUCCAAGGAAAGGGAUGUCCCCGACUGCCAACACAAGGGACACCAGAGACAGGAUGAUUGUGAGCGGCACAAAUACGUGGUUGAUCGCGGAAGAUGUCUAGAGCCGAAUGACCGAAGAGACUGA